AUGCAGAGACUGAGGGCUCCCGGGACGGGGGCAGUCGGGGCGACAGCGGCGGGAUGCGAGCGGCCCCCCUGCGGGUGGCGGGCGCUGCUGGUGCCUCAGCAGAACCGUCAAUCGCUGUACAUGUACGGAAGCGAGGUGGCCGUGGAAAAGGAGUGCAUACGGCAGAUGCAGAGCGGGGUAUUUGUCAUACAUCCCUUCAGCCUCAUGAGGAGCUACUACAUCAUGGGCAUGAUGGCCAUCACCUUCCUCAAUCUAAUUGGGAUCCCCAUGGAGAUCGCCUUCCUCGAUGGCAACAGCGGGCUGGCCUGGGAAGGCUUUAACGUCUUCUCAGACACGCUCUUCCUCAUAGAUGUGGCGCUCAACUUCCGCAUGGGCAUCAUCAGCGAGGACGGAGAGGAAGCAAUCCUAGACAUCAAGCAGAUCCGAGUGUGCUACCUGAGGACAUGGUUCAUCCCUGACGUCAUCGCCGCCUUCCCUAUAGGAUACAUCCUGCUCUUUGCCGAUUUACACUACCACAGUGACGACAACCCCUCCAAGACCACCAAGAUGAUGAGGAUCCUCAUGUUUGUGCGCAUCCUCAGCCUCAUACGACUGGCACGGGUGUCCAGGCUGGUCCGCUUCUUCAACGAGGUGGAGAAAGUAUCAAAUGCUAACUUGGAGGUGGUUCGCCUGUUUUUCCGCAUCCUGUCCCUAUUCAUGAUGAUCUUCCUGCUGUGCCACUGGAAUGGUUGCAUCCAGUACUUUGUACCCAUGCUUGAAGAAUUCCCCACAGACUGCUGGGUCCGCAAGGAGAACCUGAUGAAUGCCACAGUCAUCGUGAAGUACUCUUGGGGGGUCUUCCGGGCUCUCUCGCAGAUGAUUGCGCUGUCUUACGGAUCCAUGGAUGCGCCAACCAAUUACGUGGAGAUGUGGAUCGUGAUGGUAAGCAUGGUGUCCGGGUGUUUGAUGUACACGGUGCUGGUGGCCAAUGCCACUGCCAUGAUUGCCAACAUCGACCCUGCAGCCAAGGAGUACAAGAGCAAGAUGAGCCGCUUGGAGCACUACAUGACAUUCAUGAAGCUCCCACCAGAGUUGCAGUUGCGUAUAACCAACUACUACCAGGCACGCUAUGGAGGGAAAUGGUUCGACGAGAAGGAGGUCAUGCACACGGUGUCAUCUGCCUUGAAGGAGCAAAUCCUGACAGUGAUGUGCAGCCGCCUCCUCAGGAAGAUGCCGCUGUUCCAGAACAAGGAUGAGAACGUGAUCAUUAGCAUAGUGCAGAGGCUAGACUACGAGGUGUACCAGGAGGGUGACGUCAUCAUUCAUGAGAAUGCUCCGGGGGACCGAAUGUUUUUCAUAGAUCACGGCCAGGUGCUGGAGGAGAACCCCACCUUCCACAGGGAGCUUUGCGACGGAGAUUUUUUUGGAGAGGCAUGCGUGCUGACCAGAGGCAAACAUCUGGCGACGGUGAAGGCUCUGACCGACUGCCAGUGUUUCAGUCUGUCCUGGGACGAAUUUCAGGAGGUGCUGCAAGCCUACCCGGACGUGCGCAAGGACUUGGACAAGAUGGUGGAGCUGGAUGCAGGAUUUGCGUGA